AUGAGAUUUAUGGCUCUCCUUCUUCUAGCUGCUCUGGUUGGAGCCUUGGUCUGUGCCCAAGAUACCACCACUGAUUACAUUCAAGGUACUUCAGCUGAGGAUUCUCUGAGCCCUGAACUUGAGAUCAUAGCUCCAGCGGAAUCUACUUCAUUCCAAGAGACAGCCACGGCAGCCCAGAAGACUUCAGGGACAGCUCAGACACCAACCAGGGUCACCUUACCAGGGCAAGGAUUAGACUCCCUAAAAUCUAUAAUAGAGAAAAGUCUCUUGCUAACAGAAAAGGCCUUUGAGGAAGCAAAAAAGAGAGCCAGUGGAGGAAUUCAAGACGGAAAACAGAUAGUUAAAGGUGGAACUGACUUUAUACAAAGACUGAGGGAGAUUUUUUUGGAUCCAGGAAAAAUUUGGUUUCUUGGUAUCUGA